GGUAAUUAAUAGUACCAAUCAAAUUUCCCAUACAACCAUUAUUAUAAUCUAUGCCAACAUUGUUUUCAGCACAUUCGUUCGGAUUUGCAUAUGGGUCUUGCUUAUUCUUAGGCUGGUUCCGAUCUCCAUCAACAGAUCCUUGCUGCCCUUCUUUGUCGUCUCGUGGUGCUUAUUUUUUGAAGACAAGACAUACUUGGAGUCUUGGACCUUGAUUGCCAUGUUUCACCGUCUUCUUAAAACUUCGACCCCUCAACAUAGCUAGUAGCAAAACACAUUAGUGGAGUUUGGGACCUCUUCCUGGCAAGACCGCAAGAGAGAACAAGAGGUAUGGUAAAUAGCUUGGUGAGAUGGUGUGCUACAUUCUAUCACUUAGCCUCAUUUUUACACUCCCUAACCUUUUUUAAUUAUUGACAUGUGAUCAUCACAUAGCCAACUCUGUAAUCCACUGAAAUUACCAUAAAUUCAUAACAGUUAAAUUACCACCACGUCAUGCACGGUACAGUUAAAACACUGAAUCAUUUUUUAAAAAAAAUGACUGGACCAUUUAUCUUUUUUAGAGGAACUGAUAUUUUAAAGAUCCACCUUGCACCCCUCGUUCUUAAGGUAUAAUGUGUAUCUUGUUUGAUUAGGACAAGCAUUUGACUAACGAUGACCUUAUUAAUAUAUAACUUUGGAUAUAAAAUUGGUCAUUGGUAUUUAAAACUACUAACUUAUCAGGGAGAUCUUACAUACAAAAUAUGGUAUAUAUCAAUAAAAGUUAAAAUCUUAAACAAAAGGUAUGCCUUACAUGUUACGGUCUAAAUUCCGUUCCGAGCCAUUCAUCAUUGUUUCGUGAAAAGCCUGAUUGGGUUGCCCUCUCCAGUCCACGGCAUGGAAUUUUGACAUGUGCAUGCUCACACGAGACCGUUUUUUUUAAAGGGCUCACGCACAUGAGACUAAUCGAUUAUCAUGAUCAUUCAUUUACAUCGAAAUUAAGGUUGAGGAGAAUUAAGGGCUGGAUGGAUAUCGAGGAGAGGAAUGGACGGCUGUGAUGAGUUGUGCGUGCAUCCAGGCAUAGGAUGGUAUUGCCUUGCAUUUCCCCCACGAGAGCCCACGAAGGCAGUGGUUUGGCGCGCGCGGCGGCGGCGGCGACGGGCACGCUCCCUCGCUUCCCCGUCCCUCGCCCCCUAAACGGAAUCUAACCGCCGCCCGCCACCUUCGCGCGCGAAAUCUCCCCCAUCCCUUCGCGCCGCCGCCGCCGACCACCAGCCAUCCCGGCGAGAAGGCUCUAUCCGGCUGCUCCGCCAAGAACCCAAUUUUCUCGGCGCAAGAGACGCCGGGGGGAAGGCAGGGCCCCAUUCCGGCGCGGCGGGACCAAUGGGCUCCGGCGAAUAGCUCGAGCACCUCGAGCUCGCCGGGAUCACCGAGGCGGCGUCUGUUCUUCCCGGCGUAAUGAUGAGGCAGGGGAAUAAGUAACCGAUCCCCAAGCGAAAGCCAACAAUUUUCCGUGCCUGCCUGUUCAUCUCUACGGUUCUCUCGUCCGGCUCUUUCUUCCUUUCUCCGCAUUGGGAAUUUGAGCGUGUCGGCCAGCGACGGUGGGUAGGGAACUGGCGCCUGGCUGCCGGGCUGCUAUUUCCCGAGAGGAGGCGCUCCCGCUGCCAUGGGUGUGCGGCAGGUGCUUCAUCACGGCUCGGGACUCCAGCUACUGUUUUUCUUCCUCAUGCUGCUCCAGGCACAGGCCGGCCGGGGUGCGGCUUCGAUCAACGGUGAAGGACUGGCGUUGCUGGAACUGAAGGCGAGAGUGGAGGCUGAUCCCCAUGGUGCCUUCCAGGAUUGGGAUCCCAUGGACAAGAGCCCGUGCAGCUGGCCCGGCGUGCGAUGUUUAGACGGUAAAGUAGAGAUUCUAAACCUAACAGGUCAAGAAUUGGCCGGGACUCUUGCUCCUGAAAUCGGAAGCCUUCGACGCCUGAAAUCACUUUUACUUCCAAAGAACAACUUCCGUGGGUGGAUUCCCAGAGAAUUCGUAGGGUUAUCUGCUCUAGAAGUGCUAGAUUUGAGCAGCAACAACUUGGAUGGAACAAUUCCAGAGGAACUAAGGGCAAUGCCACUUCUCAAACAACUAUCACUUCAUGAUAACCAGUUCCAAGAAGGUGUCUCUUCUUUCACCAUCCAAGAGAUAGUUGAUGACCAGUCAGGAUGCUUGAGCAGAAAACUAGGAUGCUGGUCAGACUUCAAGGAUUGGAUAUCUCUCAGUGGCCUCCGAGAGAAAUAUUACACCAAUGUACCAAGUUUCAGUGAGGCACACAUCAUGCAGAAUUUGCAGUCUUUUGCAAGUGCCAUGCGCCGCAGGAUUCUCAGUGAAGCUGACAACCUGCCUGCUCUUUUGGGGAACGAUGCUAAAUCUUCUGCUCUGGAAAAUACAAAAGAAAUUCAAAGACCUCCUGAUGUGCUUUCUCUAGGAAGCGGUUCAUUCCCUGCAUUUCCUAAGUCAUAUGGCCAAGCUCUGUCACCUUUGGUUCCGGAAGCAAUUGAUGCUACCGCAUUGCAGCAGCUGUCUACAGAAGUGGCCAAGUCCACUGAUGUUGAGAUGUCUGAUACAAAAUACAGCAAGUGGGCAUAUCUGAUCACAAUUCCAGCUGCAAUAUUGCUAGUUAGUCUGAUAGUUUUGAUACUUUUGGUUUGGCGGAAGCGAGGUCGUACACCAAUAGCCCCUUGGAGAACAGGGCUAAGUGGCCCUAUUCAGAAGGCACUUGUAACAGGUGUUUCAAAAUUGAACAGAGUUGAGCUUGAAGCUGCUUGUGAGGAUUUCAGCAAUAUCAUCAAUACUUAUCAAUCCUGCACUGUAUUCAAGGGGAUAUUAUCAGGCGGCAAUGAGAUCGGUGUUGUCUCCACUGUCAUAUCAUCGAGCAAAGACUGGUCUAGGAGUGCAGAAACGUGCUUCAAGAAAAAGAUAGAUACACUGUCAAGAGUUAACCACAAGAACUUUGUCAAUCUCCUCGGCUAUUGCCACGAAAAUGAGCCUUUCAUGAGAAUGAUGGUGUUUGAGUUUGCUGCACAGGGCAAUCUCUCACAGCAUCUUCACCUCAAAGAAUUUGAGGAUCUGGACUGGGCUGUGAGGAUGAGAGUCAUCAUGGGCAUUGUGUACUGCCUCGAAUAUAUGCACCAUGAGCUAAAUCCUCCCGUUGCAAUACAUGAUGUGCGGUCCGACUCAAUCUUCAUUUCAGAUGAUUAUGCUGCUAAGCUGGCAGAUGUUGGUAUGUGGAGUGAAUUCGCCGCCAAAGCAAAGGCUGGGAAGGAGGACGGCAGCAGCAGCCGCUCUGAAGCUCCUCCGGAUCUCCCGGGCAACGUCUAUUGCUUCGGCGCGUUUAUGAUCGAGGUCAUAUCUGGGAGGCUUCCUGAAUCCGAGGAUCACAGACCCAUGUGCAGCUGGGCUUCUGAAUAUCUGAAAGACAAGAACUACAUCAAGCUCGUUGACGAGUCGGUGAAGGAGCACAAGAGCAACGAGCUGGAGGCCGUCUGCGAGGUGAUCGAGGAGUGCAUCGACCCCGAACCGACGCGGCGGCCGACGAUGAGAGACGUCGUGGGCAAACUGCGAACUGCUCUUGGCAUCUCGCCUGAGUCAGCGGCGCCGCGGCUGUCGCCGCUCUGGUGGGCGGAGCUGGAGCUACUGUCGGUGAAGUCAACUUAGUGGAGAACGCUGUAUACUGAUUACUGUACAAACGUGUUGUAAACACCCCCUCCCUAACAAGAUCACGUAUGCAUUGUAUACGAGGCUCAUGAUGGUGUUGAUGCUGUCAGCUAGCAUUGUUACCGAAUGCAAGUGGCCAUCGUCGACGGCAGAGAAAUGUUUGUGAAAAUGUGAUCAAUAGAACUCAUGUACAUGCUGAUCGUUCACAAAAAAGGAGGGGAAUAUAGUGACUUGUAUAAUUUUCUGUAAUUUCAAACUUUCGUAACUGUAUAUAAAAAUAAAACAAAUGGCUGGUG